GGGGCGCGAGCACCUGACAGCAACAUGGCGGCGGCGGGGCGGCGCGGCGGGGGCCUGGGGCAGCCACCCGCGGGGGACCCGCCGCCCGCCCGCGAGCUGGUGCGGCCCUCGGUGACGGAGCUGUCUCAAGUGAGGACCAACAUCCUGUGCACCGUGCCCGGCUGCGGCAAGGUGCUGCCCAACAGCCCGGCCCUCAACAUGCACCUCAGCAAGGCCCACCGGCUCCAGGAUGGAAAAUUUAAUGCACCAAUAAGGAAGGGUUUGAAAACUCCACAGAAAUUCUACUGCUGUCCUAUUGAAGGCUGCCCCAGAGGACCAAACAGACCAUUUUCCCAAUUUUCUCUUGUAAAACAGCACUUUAUGAAGAUGCAUGCUGAAAAGAAGCACAAAUGUGAUAAAUGUAGUAACUCCUAUGGUACAGAAUGGUAUUUGAAACGGCAUAUAGAGGACUGUGGCAAGACUUUCCGGUGUACUUGUGGGUGCCCCUAUGCCAGCAGACCAGCAUUACUGUCUCAUAUUUACAGAACUGGACAUGAAAUUCCUGCGGAACACAGGGAUCCUCCUAGUAAGAAAAGGAAAAUGGAAACCUCUGUACAUAAUCAGCAGUUGGCAGAGAAAGCAAAUAAAGCAUUCAUCGAUACACACAGUAAUAACCCUGGGACUCAGGAGCUGGAGUCAUCUGAAGUGAAGCUAGUGGCAUCUUUUGAAGGUUCCUGCAAUUCUAACUUCACAAAGCAAGUGCACCCAAAAUGUACACCGAAGAUGCUUUUGCCAAAGCCCAAGGUGGCUUUGGUUAAACUUCCAGUGAUGCAGCUUGCUCACUUGCCUGUGUAUGUGUCUGCAACAGAUUCUUCUGUCAAGCCUGUUGUAGUGGCUGUUGAUAAUCAAGGUUCAGUUGUAAGCACUGUUCAUUUAUUGCCUCAAUCUGUGGGAAUUCUGAUUCCAGCACUGGAGGCGGAAACACUUGUAUUUAAAGAUACUAUGCCAGUUUCAAAAGUGACAAAUUCUGGUGAUAACGAAGCAGUAAGUACUGGUGUACAAGUUGACUUGGAUAAGGUUACAUCAGAUAGCCCAGGACAAGAGCUGGGGAGCGUUUGCCACAAGAAUAAAAUUUCUUCAAUAAAUGUACAGACUGACUUAUCUUAUAUUUCUCAAAAUUUUGUACCAGCUGCAGCCUGGACUCCUGAUUCUUCUGUAUCUUCUUGUUCUCAGACAGAUCUGUCAUUUAGUUCACAGGUUUCAUUACCCAUCAGUGUACAAACGCAGACGUUGCUCCCUGCUUCCAAACUGACUUCAUCCAUAGCUGCUCAGACUGAUGAUUUUAGUCAGGCUUGUUUUCCAACGUGUGGCAUUUCUAGAGAGACUCAAACCAGUAGGACGCAGGAUUCUAUCGAUGGACGAGUGCAGAUGGACCAGGCUGUCAUGUGCAGUGACAUCUUUGAAAAUGUUCAUUCAUCAUAUAAUGUUUCUACUCAGAUUGAACUUCCAGAAAAUAACUUAAUGACUACAAAUAUAGAUCAGACCUUGCUGCAGAGGAGUAAUUGCAAGAGCCUCAAUCAAGAUACAGUGAAGUCUGAAUCUCUUAUUGGCUUCAAUACCCAGGCUAAUAUACUUCCACCUCAAAAUACGAUGGAUAAUCAAACCCAGACAAUGGACUUGCUAAGUGAUCUGGAAAAUAUCUUUUCAGGAAACAUGCCUGGCCAGACACUGGAUAAUCGUGGCCUUUUGUCUGAGACUAGUUCUAAUGCUGACACGCAUCUGCCAUCUGGUUCAUCACAAAGCACUGGAAUAGACUUUGACAUUGAAGAGUUCUUUUCAGCGUCCAAUAUUCAAACUCAGACUGAAGAGAGUGAGCUUGGUACCCUACCCUCUGAGCCAGUUUUGGAGUCACUGGACAUCGAAACUCAAACUGAUUUCUUAUUUUCAGAUAGUGCCACUCAAUCAUAUAGCUGCAGAGGAAAUUCUAACUUCUUAGGUUUGGAGAUGUUUGAUACGCAGACGCAGACAGACUUGAAUUUCUUUCUGGACAGCAAUAGCCAUCUGCCUUUAGGAAGUAUUCUGAAGCAGUCUAGCUUCUCCAUGAGCACUGACUCAUCAGAUACAGAAACCCAGACAGAGGUAUAUCCUGCCACUAAAAACAUACCUAACCAGAGCAUAGAAAGCAAAGUCCAGCUCAGUAGUGCUGAAACACAGACUAUGGAUAGCUGCUUUGAGAAUCUUGGGAAUUUAUUCCUUACCAGCAACGAGACACAGACAGCAAUGGAUGACUUUCUUCUGGCUGACUUAGCCUGGAAUACAAUGGAGUCCCAGUUCAGUUCAGUAGAAACACAGACCUGUGAAGAGCUGUGCUCCUUGUUUCAGAGCUCUGACAAGCCCAGUCAUUGAGUACUGUGUAACAGAACUGUUUCCUGUGGUUUGAAAUUAAGUUAUUGGGGUGGGAGAGAUGCAUCGACCAAGUAACCCAUUUCACAUUGUUGAAUGUAGUUAUUGUGUGCGGUUGGCCUAAAAGACUUUUCAUGCUGAAGGUACUUCAUUGAAAAUGUAACUUCAACAUAAGUUAUAUGUGCAUAAAGGGGAGGGGGGGGGCAUAACAUGUUAAUGUACAUUUGAACCUUAAAAAAACAGUUUGUGGUGCCUAUGUUUUUUGCUCAAUCUUCUUUACAAACUGCUUCAUUUAAACCGAAGAACCUUUUGAAAGUGUCCCAUAUAUAUCUAUUUCUGGCUUAUGUAUAGGGUUCCACUGUGCUAGACCAAAACCUGGCCUGUCCAAUUCAGAUGCUUCCCUGAAUUAUGGGGGAGGAUUCUCUUAGUGUAAGCUACUUCUGUUUACUUUUUUUAGUAGCUUGUAUUUUUAAUCCGGCAUGAACAUAAUAAGCUGUAUUGUCUUUUCCUUUAUGCCUUCACAGCUCUUUCUCCUGUUCAAGUUGCAGUUUUCCAAACACCCGUCCAACAGCCAUAGAUACAUGUAGGCUGGAAUUAUGGAAUGCUGAUGAUUUGCAAAACAUGUAGAAAACAGUAGUUGCUCUUCCCAGGUGCUACUGAUGCCCUCUGAAGGGUAGAAAAAGAGCUUAGAAUACAUAAUCACUUGGAAAAUUGUUACGAUGUCCUUUUAGCUUGUGUCAUAAAUGGGACUAAAGUAAUUUAAAGUCUUCAGAAGGGAUUUGCUUGAAUUAUUUCUGUCUGUAAGACACAAAUGUUACAAUGUUUGUGCCUCAAAAACUGGAAUAGUUUUUCUGUGAAAUUCCCCUGGUUUCCAGGAAGAUGCAAGUUGGGAAGUGUCACAGUGGUUUAUAUUUCCAUUACCUGAACAAAAACCAUCAAAGAUGAGAAACUGAAUUCUGUGAAAUAUUUCUUUACCUGCACUUGGAUUUCUGCUUCCAGAACUGAAGCAAACUCAGCUGCAUACAUCAGAGCUGGGAGAUGUGCUCACAAAAACCCUUUCAGAAAAGAUGUAUUUUGCUUUUGCACAUUGAUCUGCAGCAGGUGGUUCCUGCAGCUUCUGGAAGGUUUUCUGAGUGUAAUCAAAAACUCGGACUGAUCUGUCAAAGAGAAACAUGUGACCUCUUGGAUUGUUGUAUGCUUACUUUACCCUUCAUACUGUGCUUGUAGCAGAUGUAUUCACAUGGAAAAAAACAAAGCCGGUUGUGAAUGUAUGCUGGAAUUUGGCCUUAACUGAUUCUUACCCUGUUGUAAUGCCUGCAGAAAUGUAGGCCUCUGGUUUUGUCCUGAGCAGGUUUUAGUUUCUGUUACAUUAAGUGAAAGAUGAUAUAUCUUUAUGUCAUGUUCCUGGACUUUACUCCUCUUGUUGGAGGUACUGGCUAUGUGUUUGCCAGGCAUCCCACCAGUAACGGGUGUCUGAGCUGUAGUUUUUGAAGACUUGCUAUGCUUUGUGCACAGCUUCAUAUCCUCAGCUCAAGGAUGUGGGAGCACAGUUACUCACCCAACACAGCUAGCUUGUUUUCUUGAAAAUGAGCAAUACCUUUUGAUUUUAGUAUCUCAUCUUACCACUCUUUAAAUUGCCAUACUUAAGUCAACACAGUGAUCUGAUAAGUAUCAGAGUCCUACACUGGUGGCUUAUGUCCUUCAUUUUGGAUAUAUUAAAUAUUUUUGUGAAAAUGCAAAGUCUGCAAUCAGACUGUUCAUAGUUGCUGAAUCCCACGGUGAAGCUACUAAAACCUGGUCCAAAAUAUCAUGGGUCAAUACUACUUAUUCUUAAAAAUGAAACAAUUUAUUUUAAAUGGGUAAUCGACUAUUCUGACCAUUGUUUUCAAAAUAAACUUCACUGAGAGCUAUUUCUUGGUAGUACUAAAAUGAUACUUAUCUCCCUUUUUCUGCAGUUUGUCUCUGAUUUGAUUUUCAAGGCACUGACUCUAUUGUAAGUAUUGGUCAGUAGUGACUUACUAUUUUGCUAAUUCUCUCCUCUGUGUCCUCCACUGCCAUUUGAGCCGCUGUAUGAAAAGUAACAUCAGGUUGUCCACAACCUCUUAGCACAAACUUCUAUCUGGAAGUGAUACUAAUAUUACUCGUGCUUACUCUGUUUCCUGCUUAAUUAAGUUACGCUGCCAUUGCUAGCUCUUGAUCUGGGUGUCUGUGUAAAUACUAUUCUAAAACUGAAUUAGUAGUUUAAUUAGUCUAAUUAGUGGUAGACGUGUGCUUUUCUUUUGUAUUUAAGGAGAAAGUCUGAGAUAUGCCAAUGUCUAUUAACCGCUGCUUCAACACAUCCAGUAUUUUGUCUCUGGGAAAGAUAGUGCUCCAGCAACCAAGUUACAAUGCCUGCAGGGUCUGAUGAAUUGCUACAGUUGGUCAGACUGUUUCCAAAUACUCCAUGGUUCAGGAAAAAAAAUAUCUUCCUCCUGCAUUUGGUUUACUGUAAUUUCAACCUUGCUGAGACUACAGUGUUCUGCUAAGAAUUGGUCAGGAAAGGCACAUUUGUUAGCUAUGCUAUCCAGUUUGUUCUAAACAAUUUCAAAAUAACAGUGUCUUAGUUUUCUUCAGAUUGGAGUUAGGUUUGUGUCUGUUUCCACUACCAUGGUUGUAAGUGCUUGUUUCUGCUUUGGGAAAGGAGAGAAUCCUCCCUCUGGCUCUUAAUGGCGGUCUAAGAGAUCUUGCUAGUUUAAAGUCAAUGUAUUAAUGCUCCAGAAUCUCAGCUAUGCAAAGCUGUUUGUGUCUAGAAACUUCUCACUUCCAGAGUACGUGAAAUCUUAAGGAGAAAGAUGUGCACAGCUGUUUAACUUUAAAAGCUGUAAAAAAAAAGUCCAGUUCUAAAUAAUUCAGUGUCUGUAACUUCAUGUAUGUAACUAACACUCCAUGUUUUAUUCCAAGACUCACUUGCACAUUUUGUCAGUUGAAAGCAAAAGGUUAAAUUUCCCUGUUAGCCAUAUACCUUGAGAGUUAGGAGGCAACAGAACAAAGAAAGUGACUGCCUUUCACUGUUUUAAGUCUUUAUCCUGGCAGCACAACCUCACAUGCUAAGUCAGGUGCAAACUGUCAUCUUUCUGUGUGGCUGGGCAAGAGAUGUAAGCAUUGGCAGGAUUGGGAUCUUAGGGUCCUCAGGGCUUUUUGGUUGUUUGAUUUUGACUUUUUUUUUUUAAUAACCCUUCAAAUGCGGGAUAAGUAAGAUCCAUAGAACCAUACUGAGUCAACAUAAGGUGCUAGACUUGCAAAAUGUUACUGAAAUGACAACUCAGAGGUGAACCUAACUAAUUUGCCUUUAUUAUCAGGAAGUCCAGCUUCUUUUGGCUAUUUUUGACUUUUUUUUUUUACAUCAUCUUAUAAUGUGCAAUUUACAGUUUCAAAUACAUUUGCACCAAAAUGUUUUUAAUGUUGUGAGCUUUUUCAUUUCUGUUUGGUUGAGGAUGCUGCUAUACUUGUGUUCAUAAUAGAUCUACUGUAAACAGACCUCCAUAACAAUUUCACUUGAACACUAUGAGGAUAGGGUUGUUGAACAGCAAGCUGCUUCAGUGCAUGGUGCAAACGUGCAUCUUCUGUUCCUUUUGUUGUGGUGGGUUUUGAUUUGAUUUGUUGUUUCUUUCUGUGGUUCAUGUGAAUCAAAAUGGGUGCUAAAAGGAUUUGCUGGUUAGAGCACGACUGCAUUUUCUUGUUUAAAGUGCCAUUGCUAUGCAGCGAACAGCAUCAAGGAACUACAUUGUUCAGUUCUGCGUUGCCAUGCAGUCAGGUUGAUGUUUGUCUUCAUGUGUGUGACUCUUCCACUUCACUGCAAAUGUCAUUGGACAGCCUGAAACAGUGGAAAUUCUUGUCUGAGCUGCAGAUCUCUGGUUAAAUAACAGAAGUCCUUCACUUCUGAUUCUUUCUCAUGUACUGGUUUUUCAGGAGUAUCUUCAACAUAACUAGCAGUGGAAUAUGAUGGAUGGCUUGAAGUGAUGAAGUAAGCCAUGCCGUAUCCAUUUCACAAUGAGUAAUGCUUUACAUGCAUGCUUCAGGCACUCGCAUGCAGAGCUAGAUUGACAGUGCUCUAUUUUACAGAUAUUUGCAAGUGCAUCUAUGAUAAAAAUAAAGCUAGAUAUGGAAGCAGCCAUAUAUUUUCAACUUACAGAAUUCAAAACCUGAUAAUGAUCUAGUUAAACUUGUAACUAUUUAGAAUGAUGAGUAAUACGUCCCAUGGUUGAGCCUUUCCCAAAGCAUGUGUGAGUUAAUAACUCUGAGAAAUGUCCUUAAAAUAUUCUUCUCAUCACUGGUGGGACUUUGAUCUAGCAGACAAAUCCAGUUUUCAAAGGAUGUUCAUGUUUGAUUCUUGCUAUUUAAGCCAAUAAACUUGCAAUAAGCAGAGAAAAGCAAGUAUUUGUUUCUGAUACCUGUUUUACGAGUGACAAUCCCAAAGAAGGAAUGUUGUCCUAACAGUUGUGAAACGUUUAAGUAUAUUAAUGCAUGCAGAAAAAAACUGUGCCAAAAUACUGAUUCAUAUUUCCUUAUGUUGGAAACUGAACUGUUACACAGAGCUACUACUAAGUUAUUCACACAAGUAUUGAAACCUUGUGUUCACAAAUGAAGCACUUAUUUAGUCCUGUAAAUUAUACAUAUUUUGGAAUAAAGUGAAUUUCAAUCAA